AUGUCUGUUGAAGAGAUCGUGAUCACACCUCCUGAUCAGAGAGAGCUUGCAAAAUACGUGGACAAUGUGCCCACUGCCGCCGUGGUUGACGCCGUGACAUUACGCUCCAUUGCACGAGUGUCUGAUCGGUCACUCAUAUUCGCCCCCAAUCCGGCCGUUCAAAGUCGCAGACCUAGAUCUCCUCAACCAAAUGUCUCCAAUUUAUCCUUUUGCAGUGACUUCAAAGAAGAAACUCGCGUUGAUGAGUUUGUUGAGCACCAGAAUGAUCAUUUUUGUGCUGAUCCGAGUUUUGACCUGGACACUUCAUUUGAUGACCGUCACGGAUCGAUUCACCUAGAUUUCGAUUUCAAGACAUCAUUUCAAGGAGAAAAUUACUCGCUAAUGAAAGAUUAUGAUUAUCUUGAAGAUUCUAAGGCUAGCUCAAUCCCAAAGAUUGAGUUGUCAAGUGCCCUUCAGACAUCAACGUCUACCAUCGAAACCCUGUCUCAAGACAAAAUUCCUCACUUUAAGAUUAACAAUCAAAUGCUGGAAGAUUUACUCGCUAUCAUCAACUUUUCCAAAUCUACUCAAAUGCCUUCCACUUCAUCUGAACAGCAGUUUCUCGCAUCCAAAUCUUUCAGGAGUUGUGAUUUGAUCAAUAGAGUGCUCGAAUCUCACAUAGAAGACUCUAUGAAGAGCUUCUCUUUAAGACUUAUCUAUCUUUUGAGGAUCAGAAUAAUCAUCUUCAUCUUGAUCUCAGUGUUGAUGGCAAAGCAUCUUUUGGUGACCAACACCUCAUCUCAUUACAUAUGGACAGCGAGUUCAAUGUCGGACCUUCUUUUGGAUGAGCAAGUUUCUUUCAUCUUGAUCCCAUCUAUUACACACAGCAAGUACAACUUAUAUGGAACCACAGUGUCAAAAAUCAUCUAG